AGUAAAAUACCCGGCUCAACAUUUACUUGGAGUCUCGGCCGACGCUUCUGCGAAGACCAUCGUACUCUGCACGGGACCAGAAAACGUAGAAACAAAGCUGCGAAGCAACUCUCUCGGUUCGUACAAUGGCACUCGCGUCUGUGAACCUGGCUGUAGCAUUGAUCAAACCCUAAUUCACCCCUUCUUCGGCUUCGCCAUGAACGGGAACCCCCGAGCUUCUUCAUCUUUCUUCGUCGUCUUCCUCCCCAUAUCUCUCCUCUAUCUCCGUUCCAUUAUCUACCGGCCUUGGGACCAAACCCUGAAUCUGGCGAAUGUAACUCGACCGGAGACUGAAAUCGCCCCGAGGAACAACUACAUAGUCCGGUUCAAGGAGUACAAAUCAACCGAGAAUCACCGUCUGUACCUCGAAUCGGAGGUCCGAUCCGGUGGUUGGGGAUGGAUCGAGAGGAGGAACCCGGCGGCAAAGUUUCCGACAGAUUUUGGUGUUAUCUGGAUCGAGGAAAGGGAAAAAGAUUCCGUGAUCAGAGAGAUUGAGGAACUGGUAAUAGUAAAGGACGUUAAUGUGGAGUUCAUGUACCAGAGAAGUUUGCUUGCAGGGUCUUUUGUCGAUGGUAAUAAACGUCCGGGAAAGAUAUUCACUUCCAUGUCGUUUAACGAAGGGGAGUAUGCAGUCGCCUCUACUAGUAACUCCACGAUAAACUGGGGCCGGCAUCUUCUCGGACAGAAGACUCAAGUUACGUCCAUGUUUGGAGCAGAUGCUCUUUGGGAAAAGGGUUGCACUGGUGGUAAGGUCAAAAUGGCCAUAUUCGACACUGGAAUACGUGCUGAUCAUCCUCAUUUCCGGAAUAUCAAGGAGCGUACAAAUUGGACAAAUGAGGAUACUUUGAAUGACAACCUGGGGCAUGGAACAUUUGUCGCUGGUGUUAUUGCUGGUCAAAAUACAGAAUGUCUUGGUUUUGCAUCAGAUACAGAAAUUUAUGCUUUCCGAGUGUUCACUGAUGCCCAGGUAUCUUACACAUCUUGGUUUCUUGAUGCAUUUAACUAUGCCAUUGCAACAAAUAUGGAUGUACUGAAUCUGAGCAUUGGUGGUCCUGAUUACUUGGAUCUUCCAUUCGUAGAGAAGGUGUGGGAAAUAACAGCCAGUAAUAUCAUUAUGGUAUCUGCAAUUGGAAAUGAUGGACCACUUUAUGGCACUUUGAACAAUCCAGCUGAUCAAAGUGAUGUCAUAGGUGUUGGUGGUAUUGACUAUGACGAUCACAUCGCUUCAUUUUCGUCACGCGGCAUGAGUACCUGGGAGAUUCCUCAUGGUUAUGGACGUGUCAAACCGGAUGUGGUUGCAUAUGGCCGUGAAAUUAUGGGGUCCAAGAUUAGUACAGGCUGUAAAAGCUUAUCAGGAACUAGCGUGGCUAGUCCUGUUGUCGCUGGUAUUGUUUGUUUACUUGUAAGUGUGAUUCCCGAAGCUAGAAGGAAGGAGCUGCUCAAUCCAGCAAGCAUGAAGCAAGCACUGGUCGAAGGCGCUGCCAAGCUUUCAGGCCCUAAUAUGUAUGAGCAGGGCGCAGGAAGAGUUGAUCUAUUAGAAUCUUACGAAAUCUUGAAGAGCUACCAACCUCGAGCAAGCAUUUUCCCAAGUGUUCUUGAUUACACUGAUUGUCCAUAUUCCUGGCCUUUUUGUCGUCAGCCUCUAUAUGCUGGUGCCAUGCCUAUCAUUUUCAACACUACAAUUCUAAAUGGCAUGGGUGUUGUUGGGUAUGUUGAAAGUCCACCAACGUGGCAUCCUGCAAAUGAGGAAGGAAAUCUCCUUAGCAUUCAUUUUAAGUAUUCAGAUAUCAUAUGGCCUUGGACUGGUUAUUUAGCAUUAUACAUGCAGAUCAAGGAAGAAGGUGCGCAAUUUUCAGGUGAGAUCGAGGGCAAUGUGACUGUGAAAGUUUAUAGCCCCUCAGCUCAAGGUGAGAAUCAGCUUAGAAGAAGUACUUGUACUCUUCAGUUGAAAUUGAGAGUAGUUCCUACCCCGUCAAGAGCAAAACGUAUUUUGUGGGAUCAAUUUCACAGUAUCAAAUAUCCUCCAGGCUAUAUCCCAAGAGACUCUUUGGAUGUUCGCAAUGAUAUUCUUGAUUGGCAUGGCGAUCACCUGCACACAAACUUUCACAUAAUGUUCAACAUGUUGCGUGAUGCUGGAUACUAUGUCGAGACCCUUGGUUCUCCACUUACAUGUUUUGAUGCUCGACAGUAUGGAACCCUUUUGAUGGUUGAUCUGGAAGAUGAGUACUUCCCGGAAGAAAUUGAAAAACUCAGAGAUGAUGUCAUCAACACAGGACUCGGUUUGGCGGUAUUUGCUGAGUGGUAUAAUGUGGAAACCAUGGUGAAAAUGAGAUUCUUCGAUGAUAACACACGCAGUUGGUGGACUCCAGUCACUGGAGGUGCAAAUGUUCCUGCACUGAACAACCUUCUUGCGCCGUUUGGGAUCGCAUUUGGAGACAAAAUUCUGAAUGGAGAUUUCAGUAUUGACGGUGAGCAGAGCCGGUACGCAUCUGGAACAGACAUAGUUAGGUUUCCAGCAGGUGGUUAUCUACACAGUUUUCCUUUACUCGACAGCUCCGAGAGCGGGGCCACUCAGAAUGUACUGCUAAUUGGGUCAUCUAAGGCAGACCCCUCUGUCCUUGGACUUUUGGAAAUAGGCGAGGGUCGGGUCACUGUUUACGGAGACUCCAACUGUCUGGACAGUAGCCACAUGGUCACUAACUGCUAUUGGCUCCUGAAGAAGAUAAUAGAUUUUACCAGUUCGAAUAUGAGAGAUUCCGUGCUGUUCUCGAAAUCUGUAAAGAGAAAGACAGCCUUGCAUACUGGCGACAACCAGCUACCAUCCCGGAGGACUGAUGUCAAUUUCUCAUUAUACUCUUCAGUGAUUGGAAAGGACUUAAUAUGUCAGAGUGAUUCCAGAUUCGAAGUAUGGGGAACUAAGGGAUACAAGUUACAAGUCAGAGGAAGGAACCGAAGGUUGCCUGGAUAUCCUGUUAUUGAUCUUGGUCAAGGUUUGAAUUCGACAUGGGAGAAUGUAAGAACAAAAAGUUGGAAACCUCAUAGGGAAGGUGUGAUUGGUUCUUCUGGCAACAAGUAUUUGGGACGCCUUAUCAGUAGAGACGAGAUUGACAUUUCAAUGCUUGUUGCUACCCGCUGGAUCAUACCUGCAGGUGUUGCAGCAAGUGGUCUUCUGGUGCUUGUAAGCAUCUGGAGAAUCCGGCAGAGGAGACGAAGACGGAGGAGAGGGUCUGGGUCUGGUCGAUUAGCCAACAUUUAGCCAACAAACCACUUUCGCUUUGUAACUUCUCUGUUUUGCUUUACAAUCAAAAUGUGGUUUUCGCUUGUAAGAUUCCACAUCUGACAAUUUAGGAGGGAAAAAAAAGGUCAUUUUUGGUUCAAUGAACAGCCAGCAGAAUGGUUAAAUUCUAACCGUGUCAUUUCAUUC